GGCCACGUUGGAAUAAUUAAACCUGAAAGUAAUUUUGAGUCUGGCAGCUGGGGGCAGCUGUGGGGAGGGGGCCCCAGCUGUCCCCAUGCUGGCAGCUGGGCUCAGGCCAUGCACUUUCACGUGGGAACUGCCUGCCUGGGGGCUGGCACAGGUCACGCAGCCCUGGACCCUCCCUUGCCUGGAGGGUGGCAUGGGCUCUCACGUAGGCAUCGCUCUCCUGGCUCCCAGAGGCCUGCCUGGCAGAGAGCCAUGCGAAGGGAAAGGCUGCGAGAAGGUGCCUCUCUGCCCAGCUCCCUGCUCAGAUGUCCCAGGUUGGAGGAUGCCUCUGGACUAGCAGCAGCGUAGGGUGUCUGGUGUGUGGGUGGGGGAGGUUUGGGGCCCUGCCUCAUGCAGCUGCUCUGUUUCCCUAUUUUAGCUGCAUCCAGCCUUUUGUGAGCUUCUUGUAUGAGCUGGGCUGUCAUGACAGCAAAAAGAGAAGGUCUCCUGUGAUCUCAGAUGGGGUGGGGGAUCUAGGCUUCUCGCCUAUGUCCCUGUCCCGGUGGGGAUGGAGCCAGUGCUGGGGCUGCAGGGCCUUGGAGGGAGAGCAGGCUUGGGAAAGCUCUUUGGCUGAUUUGCAGCUGUAGGCUGCUGGCUGGGGUUGCUGUUUGACCGGACCGGGUCAGAGUAGCGGCUCAGGUACCAGGGUACCUAACCAGAGCGCUCUGCUGUGACUCUGGCCAAGGACCCACUGCUAGCAGUGUCCCUGACAGCCUCUGGGUCCCUGUGUGGUUUCUUGCGCCAAUAUCUUGUCCACGUGGUUGCAAGCCUAGGAGUAGUUUCUCCCUCUUCUGCAAAAGGCUCUUAAUACUGGAGCCUGGACGCUGAGCCUCGCUGCCUUUGUGAAGUCUGUGCUAGCAGGGGGAGAUGGGGAGGGCUUGGGCCGAUAUGGUGGUGGAGCGCCCUGAUUGUGGGCUGCGUCACACACGCUCUCCCUGUUGCAGGACCCGGUACAUCAGCACGGAGCUGGGGAUGCGGCAGCGGCUCUUUGUGGGUGUGCUGACCUCCAAGAGCACUCUGAACACGCUGGCAGUGGCUGUGAACCGCACGUUGGCCCACCGCCUGGAGCGCCUGGUGUACUUCACGGGCACGCGGGGCCGCAAGGUGCCCCAUGGCAUGACAGUGGUGACACACAGUGACGAGCGGCCCAUCUGGAACAUGUACCAGACCGUCAAGUACCUGCUGGACCAUUAUGUGAGUGACUUUGACUGGUUCUUCCUGGUGCAGGAUGAUACCUAUACAGAAGCACAUCGCAUCAGCCGCCUGGUCGCUCACCUCAGCAUUGACACCCACCUGUACCUGGGCCGCCCGGAGGAGUUCAUUGGCGGAGACACUGAGGGACGCUACUGCUACGGUGGCUUUGGGUACCUGCUGUCCCGCAGCCUCCUGCUGCGUCUGCAGCCACACCCGGAGAAACGCGCACAGGAGAACUGCCGCAAUGACAUCCUGAGUGCCCGGCCCGACGAGUGGCUGGGUCGCUGCAUCAUUGACUACACAGCCAUCAACUGUGCUGAGGAGCAUGAGGGCCUGCAUUACCAGUACUUUGAGCUGGGGAAGAACGUAGACCCUGAGCGAGAGACUGACCCCCGUUUCCAGAAUGCUUUCACAGUCCACCCUGUGCUGGACCCUGUCCAGAUGUACCGACUGCACAAGCACUUUGCACAGGUGGAGCUGGAGAGGACAUACCAGGAGAUCCAGCAGCUCCAGCUGGAAAUCCAGAACUCCAGCAGUCUGUCUGCAGACGGGGACCACAGCGCCACGUGGCCCAUUGGCAUCCCUCCCCCAUUCCAGCCAAAAACCCGCUUUGAGGUGCUGCGCUGGGAUUACUUCACAGAAGAUCAGGUGUAUGCGUGCGUGGACGGCUCCCCCAAGUGUGAGCUACGUGGCGUGGACCUGGCAGAUGUGGCUGACGUGGUGGCCACUGCCAUGGAGGAGCUGAACCGCAAGCCCCAGCCAGUGUUGCACAUCCGCAAGCAGCAGCUGGUGAACGGGUACCGGCGCUUUGACCCCACACGUGGCAUGGAGUACACGCUGGACCUCCAGGUAGAAGUGGUCACUCAGAAGGGGCACAGCCGCUCCGUCACCAAGCGUGUGCACCUGGUGCGCCCGCUCAGCGAGGUGGAGAUCAUCCCCAUGCCUUAUGUGACAGAGGCCAGCCGGAUCAAUGUCAUCCUUCCACUCACUGCCCAUGACCGAGACCAUGCCGCCCGCUUUUUGGAAGCAUAUGCAGCAUCUGCCUUCGAGAACAGUGAGAAUGCGGUGCUCACCUUCCUCUUCAUCUACGAUCCCUUUGAGGCGCAGCAGGUGACCCAGAACGACAUCUUUGCCCCAGUGAAGGCCCAGAUCACCGAGUAUGAGCGCAAGUACGCAGAGGUGAAGAUCCCGUGGAUCAGUGUUAAGACAGAUGCACCGUCCCAAAUCAAGGUCAUGGACAUCAUCUCCAAGAAGCACCCUGUGGACACGCUUUUCUUUGUGGCAGGCGGGGGGCCGGAGUUCCUGACCCGCUGCCGGAUGAACCCCAUCAACAACUGGCAAGUCUUCUUCCCCAUCCACUUUCAGGGCUACAACCCUGCCAUCGCUUACCACAACCAGGUGCCACCCGCCACACUGGACCUGCUGCGAGACGCAGGGCGCUUUGACCGUGAUGUCUUCCAUGAGGCCUGCUUCUACAAUGCUGACUACAUGGCAGCGCGCACCCGCAUGGCAGGCGAUGUGCAGGAGAAUGAAGACAUAUUGGAGACCCUGGACAUCUACGAUAUGUUCAUCAAGUACUCGAACCUGCACGUCUUCCGGGCCGUGGAGCCUGCUCUGCUGCAGCGCUACCGGCACCAGGCCUGCAACCCCCGGCUCAGUGAGGAGAUCUACCACCGCUGUGUGCAGAGCAGCUUGGAGGGUGUAGGGUCUCGUUCCCAGUUGGCCAUGGUGCUUUUUGAGCAGGAGCAGGGGAACAGCACCUGAGCCCAGGGC